CGGAAAUCGCUUACAGUUGUAAACAAAGACAGAUUCUAGCUGUGGACUCGAUUUAGGACUGAUUUAGAUCUAGAUCUAAAACCCUUAGAUAUUAGAUUUAAAUCUAGAUAUAUAAUCUCUGUUUUAAUCUCUUUUUUGCUUUAAAAUGAAUCGUCUGUUUGGCAGAGGAAAACCUAAGGAACCACCACCAAAUUUAAAUGAUUGUAUAAGUAAUAUUGACAGCAGAGGAGAAUCUCUUGAUAAGAAAAUUGGCAGACUAGAUGCAGAUUUAAAAAAAUACAAAGACCAAAUGAAGAAGAUGAGGGAAGGACCUGCUAAAAAUCAAGUGAAGCAAAAGGCAUUACGAGUUUUAAAGCAGAAGAGAAUGUACGAAAAUCAAAGAGACCAAUUAGGUCAGCAGUCAUUCAACCUAGAGCAACAGAACUAUGCCAUACAGAGUUUAAAAGACACAAAAACUACAGUAGAUGCCAUGAAAAUUGGAGUCAAAGAUUUCAAAAAAGCGUACAAACACGUCAACAUUGAUCAGAUAGAGAACAUGCAGGAUGACCUGGAAGACUUGAUGGAACAGAGCAGUGAGAUCCAGGAAGUGAUGAGCAGGAGCUACGGCAUGCCAGAGCUGGACGAUGACGAGCUGGAGGCGGAGCUAGACGCCCUCGGGGAUGAGCUGCUGGACGAAGACACAACAUAUUUAGAUGAUGCUGUCGCUGCUCCAUCAGCGCCCACAAGCGAACCUGGGGGAGAAAGUAGUAGGGGAGAUGUGCCUGUUGAUGAGUUUGGAUUGCCGCAGAUUCCACAGAGUGCCAAAUAAGGAUAGUUAACACUAAAUAUCAUUUUGUCUCGUCACUUUUAACUCAUUUUGGAAACAAUUAUCAUCGUCAGGGAAUUGCUAUAGACGAGUAAAACAGCCUUUAUAUAUAUAAUGAUGACACAUAAAUAUAUAUACAAUACCUGUCUUGGUUGCAGGUUUUUUGUUUUUUUAUAAAUUUUGUGUUAACCUUUGUCAACAACUUAUUAUAAGGUACUUUUUGUUUUUUUAUUAUUAAAAUAUCUUUAUUUUGUACAUAUUAAAAAUUGCAUCGGUAGUUUAUACAUGUGAUAUGUUAUAGUAAGUUAUAUUUAGUAUUUAGCUCUGAUAAGAAAACUUAACAUUUUUUUUUAUUUUAUGCAUUUUGGUUCAAAUAUGUUUCAUAAUGAAAUAUUAAGAUUUUUUUUUUUUUUGCUUUUGAUUUUCAAAAUUAUUUUUAUCCCAUUAUGAAUUAGUAGCAAUUAAGGUUUAGAAUAACGAAUGAUCCACGUUUCAGGCUUUCUAUGUUAAGAUGGUAAUAUUAAUAGUAUGGAUGAAAUUUAUUCAAAGAUGUGCUCUGCACUGCUGCCCUUUGAGGGAUUUAAUAAAAAAAAUCUGGGCUCCUGCAAUGUAUGUGGGUAUACGUUUACCUAUUCUGAAGUAUGACCAGAAAAAAGCUGAAAAUGCUUUGGUCAUCUUAUCUAUUUUUGUAAGGUGAAACUGAAAAGAUUGGUUUAAAAAGUAGAAUAUUGUUGAUAAUUUAUGCAGAAAAAAAAAGGAACUCUUAUAUUUCAUCUACAAUAUUCCCAUUCUCAUUCUGGUUCUUCAAAAGAAAUGCUGCUCCAUCCUACUAUACUUUUGGCUCCCUGGUCGUGCGGUUUGCGCGCUGGACUGUCGUUCGGAUUUAUCGACGGUCGAGGGUUCAAACCCUGCCUGCUCCCAUCCCCGUCGUCCUGCGGGAGGUUUGGACUAGGAAGUAAAUUAUCUUCAACUCUGAAGGAACAUCCGAAACAAACAAACAAACUUUUUUUUACUUUUGGAUUAUGACUCUGGUUGUAAUGGCUUCACUAUCCUUAAUUUCUCAUAAUGAAUAAUUAACACUCUUGUUGUGAUAUAAUGCCAAUACAAUGAGAUAAAUAGUUACCAUCAAGUUUUUUUUUUUUUAACUUUUGUAUUAGAACAAUUUUAAACUUUGUUAGUCAGUGAAAAUUGGAUGAGUUUAUAGUAUAAAGCUCUUAUAUUAAAAAAACAACAACAUUUUUUACUAGCAAAUAUAUGUUUAUAUAUAUAUCUACCACAAAGUAUAAGAAUUUUUUUCUGUUCUUAAAAUAUUGAAAUCUUAUAUUUUUGUAAAAACUAUUGGUAUAGUUUAAAUGUGUUUUUUUCUUUUGUUAGAGACAAGCUUUUCUUUUUUGCUAAUUGUUGCAUUGGAAGUUUUAGUUUUGUAUUUAACUAUUCAGCUUUGUUUAUCCAAAGUAAAAAUAGCAUAGCAUAUAUCAUUGUAUUGUCAACUAGUGCCCAGGAAAUAAGCCUGCUUAUGUUUGCGCUAGCAAGACUAAUUUAUCCAUUGAGAGCUACGAUAUUUUUAAAUAUUUUACUAUAUUUGUUGUCAUUACAUGGCUUUUUAAAAUAAAAAACAAAUGUCAAAGCUAGACCUCCAUAGCCUUCAGCUUCAACUCAUAUUUAUUUUUAUUAUGAGAAGAAAUGUUAAUGAUUCAUUACAAAGGGACUAAUAUUUUUUUAAAAUUCCCCUUUUCAGAAGUUGCGAUCUAUAGGGGCGAUGAUGUAAAGGUCAUCUGUUUCUUUGGUCUAUGGUUAACGAGGGUGUCAUGUGGCCAGCACAACGACCAACCACCGUUAUUUUCCCCAACCAAUGUCAGGUACCCAUUAGAGCUGGGUGUUCCAGAGUGUUCAAAGAUCCCAAAAUUAAAAAGCCCAGUCUUCAACAGGAUUUGAAUCUGGGACUUCCAGUUUGGAAGCCAAGCGCUUUACCAUUCAGCUGCCGCCCCUCAAAUAGAUAAUUUACAUCGACAUAAAUUUAGCCCAAAAAUGGCUUAAAGUGAAAUGUAAAGUUAAAAAAAAAAACUAAAGUUCCCCUUUCAGACCUUGUGAUCUAUAGUACAGAAGAUGUAAAGAACAUCUGUUUCUGUGACCAAAGUGUAGAGUAAAAUUAUUCAAUUGUUUCGUUUUAUUGUAUUUUUCACAUUAAGGAGUGAAAGGUUAUUAUAAUUAUGUCUCCCUAGGGUCCCUUUUAGGACAUAUCGUCUCCAUAUAACAUUCUUAUAAUGUGUAUCUCUAACCUUUUGUUUUUCUUGUCUUAUCUUAUCUGAGCAAUCUUUUGAAUCUUCUUUGGCUAUGUUAGAACUGAAGGUUUCACUUUUAGAACCCUUGAAGUCUGUUGGUACAUCUCUUGAUGGUGUGUCCGGACUCACCUCUGCUGUGGCCUAAAUCAAUUUAUGCUUGCCCCAUUGAGCCUCAAACUUUAACUUACAAAACUAAUCUUUUCUAAGAAAAAAAAUGGAUUUUAAUUACUCUCUUUUAGAAGAAAAAAAAUGACUUUGUCACUUGCAAUUAUGGACAUUAUCUUUAAUACAAAAUUUAAUUAAUUGUUUUGUAGAAGAAGAAAUGUAGUGGUUUAUAUACUUGUAAUUGCAUUCCUAACAAGUAACUACAUUUGGACUCUCUAGUUAAGGAUAGAAAUUGUUACCUCCAACGCUACAUCCUGUGUUUCAAAUAGCUGUAUUAGACUUUUGCCUGUUUGAAUGAUGCCUGGUGUUUGGGUUUUUGUUUCGACAAGGGAGAUAACUAGAGAUCAGUUUUUGAGAGUGUCAACUGUAUGCUCGAUGAACACUGUAUAAAGAAUUCUUGCUGAAUUAUAAAUUUUUGAUAAUCAAAUAAACACCUCAGUUUUGUUUUCA